GAAGGUCACAGCGCGGCUCACAAUGGAGCUGUCGGAGUCUGUGCAGAGUGGCUUGCUGCUCCUGGCCGAUCGCGGCUGCUUCUCCCCCAAAGCCUACGCGUUGCUGCUGGAGGCGGCCUUCCAGGGCUUGCUCAGCGGCCAGGCCGACCAGGCCGCCUUAGAUCACCCAGACUUGGAACAUAUUGAUCCAGCAGUGUUAAAAUAUUGCCACGCAGCAGCUGCAACUUGUAUAGUGGAAGCUGGAAAGCAAAAAGCUGAUAAAUCGGCCAUAAGCGCCUAUCUAGAAGAUUGUAAGUUUGAGAAAGAAAGAAUUGAACAGUUUUGCACGGAAUACCAGAAAAAUAAAGAUACCUUGGAAAUCCUAUUGGGAAGUAUAGGCAGAUGUCCACUACACAUAACUGAUGUUUGUUGGCGUUUGGAAUAUCAAAUCAAGACCAAUCAACUUCAUAAAAAUUAUUGCCCUGCCUAUCUGAUGACCUUAAAUGUAGAGAACAAUGACUCAAGACCUCAACCGGACAUUAAUUUUAGUUGUUCUAUGGAGCAAUUACAGGAUUUAGUUGGAAAACUAAAAGAUGCAGCUAAAAGUCUAGAGAGAACAACACAGCUAUAAUUGCAGACUUUCGCAGUCCACUGGAACUAAGAAGAAGAAAAAUGACUUGUUUCUUCUUUGAAUACUAGAUGAUUUUUUUCCUUGUUCUCUUUAUUGGAUAGAACUUUGAUAAAGCUUUGGUCAUACUAAAAUGGAGUGUCCUACUUUCUAGACAGUAUUACAAGAUUAUAUGCAGUCAGAAUUGUUGCAUGUAUUAAUAUCUUGUCUUAAAUAAAUUUUUAUUUGUUAGAUUAUCAGACAACUGUUUCCUUUCCCCAUUUUAAGUAACUGCCCCUUGUUCUUUCCUGCCCUCUCUUCAAAUGCCUUUGGUUUCUUCAUUUUCCCACGUCUAGCCUCUAAUAAAAUGAGUAAGAGUUAA